CAUGUGACUCGGCCCGACAUGGUGUUGCCUCCUCUCCUGGAGGCAGCGGCGUCUCCGGCUCCGCUUUUCAUCAGGCGGCUGCUCAUGGGCAGCCAGGGCCGCUUGGGUCCCCCGGGGAACGGUGGGCAGGGCGAGGGCGAGGGCGAGGGCGAGGGCGAGGGCGAGGGCGGUGAGGAGAGGAAACUGCAGAAGACGAGAGGGAAGAGAAGGAAGGGGAAGGGGAAGGGGAAAGCGGGCACCGGGGCCGGCGGAAGAGGAAGAAGGGCGGAUGGGAAGCCAGGGCUGCAGCCGGUGGAGAAGGCAGCGGGGCCGGGGGCUGAGAAGGGAGCUGAGACAGGCCCGGCGCGGGCAGGACCGGGAGGCGGAAGCGUGGGAGGGCCGAGAAGCUCAGGGAAGCGAGAUGAGGGCAGCGCAGGGGCCGGGAAGGCGUACGAACGUAGGGCCAGGGCAGGGCGGCGGGAGGACGGCCGGCCGGGGAGACUUCGGGGCCGAGGGCUGCAGGCGUGGGCCGAGUUCCCGGGGCCUGGGGCGGCCAUGGCAGCGACCGAGGAAGCGGUGGCUGCGGCCUUGGAGCCAGCCCCCGGUCCGGCCGCUGGGCCCGCGCUAUGGCGCCUGCCGGAGGAGCUGCUGCUGCUCGUCUGCUCCUACCUCGACGUGCGGGCCCUCGGCCGCCUGGCCCAAGUGUGCCGCUGGCUGCGGCGCUUCACCAGCUGUGACCUGCUCUGGCGCCGGAUAGCCCGGGCCUCGCUCAACUCCGGCUUCACGCGGCUCGGCACCGACCUGAUGACCAGCAUCCCAGUGAAGGAACGAGUGAAAGUGUCUCAGAACUGGAGACUAGGGCGAUGUCGAGAGGGGAUUCUGCUGAAGUGGAGGUGCAGUCAGAUGCCCUGGAUGCAGCUAGAAGAUGAUUCUCUGUACAUAUCGCAAGCUAAUUUCAUCCUAACCUACCAGUUCCGCCCAGAUGGUGCCAGCUUGAACCGUCGACCCUUCAGAGUCUUUCCUGGGCAUGAUGAGGAUGUUUGUCACUUUGUACUGGCCAACUCACAUAUCAUCAGUGCAGGAGGAGAUGGAAAGAUUGGCAUUCAUAAGAUUCAUAACACCUUCACUGUCAAGUACUCGGCUCAUGAACAGGAGGUGAACUGUGUGGACUGCAAAGGGGGUAUCAUUGUGAGUGGCUCCAGGGACAGGACGGCUAAGGUAUGGCCUUUGGCCUCUGGACAGCUGGGGCAGUGCUUACAUACCAUUCAGACUGAAGACCGAGUCUGGUCCAUUGCUAUCAGCCCAUUACUCAGCUCUUUUGUGACAGGGACGGCUUGUUGUGGGCACUUCUCACCCCUGAGAAUCUGGGAUCUCAACAGUGGGCAGCUGAUCACACAUCUCGGCUGUGACUUUCCCCCAGGAGCUGGGGUGCUGGAUGUCAUGUAUGAAUCCCCCUCCACACUGCUGUCUUGUGGUUAUGACACCUAUGUUCGCUACUGGGACCUUCGCACAAGUGCCCGGCCUUCCCACUGACAUCAACCCCACUCAGCAGUCCUGUGUAUUGCCUGCGGUUCACCACCAAGCAUCUCUAUGCUGCGCUGUCUUACAACCUCCACAUCCUGGACUUUCAAAACCCAUGAUAGGAUACCACUGCCUGCAGGCUGGGCAAGUCAUCUACUCAGGGACCUCUCUUGCCUGGCAGGUGAUACUUCACCUUUUCCUACCCCUGCUGUGGUCCUAGACCUGUGGCCACAGUGUCCAAGUACCUAAAGCACUCACUCCUGGACAUUGGGGCUGACCAGAGAUGUAGGCCCCAGAUCCUGAAGCCUUAGGAGAAUGUAGCUGAACUCAGGUGUGUACCCUGUAUGGCCAGAGCAAAAGCCCUGUCUGGAAAGACCAACCCUGCCCCCAAGCCCUUUGUAGCAUCAUGGCAGCUUACAGAGUAGGGUAAGGUGUUCCUACCAUCCCAACCAGAAAGAGAGGUGUGACUGCUAGUACCCCUGCUGGCACCAGGCACCUCUUCAGUCAGACCUCACUUGUGAACUUGGGCCUAAGAACUCAUUUCUGGGGCUCUGAAACCAAGAAAGGACAAAGGAAACCUGACAGUUUGGUGUUUAGGCUAGCCAUAUCUCAGGUCAGCUGUAGAGACAUGCUAUGGUUUUCAUUUUUGUAAAAAUAAAGUUUGAUUAUUCACAAAUGUGGUUCUUCAGUGGCUACAUUGUUCUAGGAGGCCUCAGGAAGAUGGAACAUCAGAUUUAAACUCAGGAGUGUAUGUAUAUACUGGGGAAAGAACAAGACUAGCCUCUGUGGCUCUGUCUUAAAAGUGUGUUACUUCAGAAAGUCUUCCUGUUGACCAUCCACU